GUCACGUGACAAUACACAUAAAACCUGAUGGCUUCCUCCAUCAAAGACUUUCUGGUUUGUUUUGAGUCACAAAGAACUUGUUCUAUCUGCUGGAAAAACUGUUGAAUCGGCAUUCUACCGGUUGUAGUUGAAAGAAUGGACUCUGAAGACGAUGACUUCUUAUAUGACGAAGAACCAGAAGAUAGUGGCGAUGAAAGCCACUCGGAAGAAAACAGCGAUUUCGAUAUCGACUGCGAAGAGCCAUCGACACCAAAGCGAGCUCAUGUCAAUGAUGAUUUUCACUACGAAUGCCUUACUCCUGAAGCUCUAGUUUCCUAUAUGAACGAAAUAAUCGACGACGUCAAUAAUUUCUUUCAACUCCCAAGACCAAUAGCCAGGAUAUUACUCAGUCACUUUAAGUGGGACAAAGAAAAGCUACUAGAAAGAUAUUACAGUGGGGAUCAAGACCGACUGUUUGCAGAAGCACAUAUUGUCAGUCCCUUAGCACAUGGCAGACGGGGCGCAUGUACAAGCUCUAGGGCUACAAGAUCUCAACCUGUUGACAUUCUGUGUAAUAUAUGCUUCUGCCCAAUACCGGUUGCUAAUUUUACUGGAUUAGAGUGUGGAGACAGAUUCUGUCAAAGAUGCUGGAAAGAGUAUCUCACCACAAAAAUUAUAGAUGAGCAUGUAGGAGAGAACAUUUCUUGUCCUGCCACAAAAUGUGAUAUUUUAGUGGAUGAAGCAUUUGUGGGGCAGAUCAUUGCAGAUCCAAAAGUUAAAUCCCAAUAUCAUCACUUGAUUGCUAACAGUUUUGUUGUGAGCAAUAGGCUCAUGAAGUGGUGCCCUGGCCCAGAUUGUGACAAUGCUAUCAAAGCAAAUUAUCACGAUGCCCUUCCAGUCACUUGUCUGUGUGGGUUUACCUUCUGUUUUGGUUGUUCGGAACCUGUACAUGAGCCUGUAAAAUGCGUUUGGCUUAAAAAGUGGAUAAAGAAGACAAAUGACGAUAGUGAAACGUCAAACUGGAUCUCGGCAAACACCAAGGAAUGUCCUAAGUGUCAUGUGACUAUUGAGAAGAACGGAGGGUGUAAUCACAUGGUGUGCAGAAACACAGCCUGUAAGGCCGACUUCUGCUGGGUGUGUCUUGGACCAUGGGAACCGCAUGGCUCAAGUUGGUACAGCUGCAAUCGAUACGACGAGAAAGAGGCACAAGCUGCAAGAGACGCUCAAAGUCGGUCCCGGUCAGCUCUUGAGCGCUAUCUGUUCUACUGUAACCGGUUUAUGAACCACGCCCAGAGUGCAAAGUUCGAGAGCAAGCUGUACUCGCAGGUCAAGCAGAAGAUGGAGGAGAUGCAGCAGCAUAACAUGUCAUGGAUCGAGGUCCAGUUCCUGAGGAAGGCUGUUGAUGUGUUGUGUCUGUGCCGUAACACGCUCAAGUAUACAUAUGUAUUCGCCUUCUACCUCAAGAGGAACAACCAGUCUGUCAUCUUCGAGGAUAACCAGAAGGAUUUAGAAAUGGCGACAGAGACGCUUUCCGAGUACCUUGAAAGAGACAUCACCUCGGAGGGCUUGUCGAACAUCAAGCAGAUCGUACAAGACAAAUACAGGUAUUGCGAAGCGAGGAGGAAGGCUUUGCUAGACCACGUCUACGAAGGCUACGAUACAGACAUCUGGGAAUACGUGGACUAUGAUUAACCUGAAUCACUAACGAAAGCGACCCCCACCCCACCCUCCCUGGGGUCUGCCAUGUCUCUAUUUGUGGGCAGGAUCUCAGGGCAGGGCUUGUACAUACUGCGAUAGCUAUGGACUUGGCGUUGUCAAGCCUCGAUAACCCCUCUGUAGAUAAGAAUGUUUCGUUACUUGGUGCUGUGUGGUAGUCGCUUUAAAGGACAUCUGUGCGCGGGGCCUCACAUUGAGGCAACAAAUGUUUGCUUCCUGUCUUCAAGUCGUUGGUACAAAGCUGUUAUUUGUUGUGUUGUAUUGAUAUGUUGUAAAUAAAUAAACCGCAUUAAUGUUA